ACUUUUGCAACCAGGAAAUGCAGCCUCUGCUUCUGCGCGUGCCACCACACUUCAACUUGUUUUUAAGUGAUUUUACAAUGCUUCCUGGACAGAUCUGAAGGCUGUAUACCGACAUAUUCCUUUUUAAACGCUUGUGAAAAUGGCGCCAGCUUUGAAAAGCGAUGGAAACAACGAGUGGAAGAAAAAUUUACCUGAAGAACUGUGGGACAUUCCUUUAACCAACCUCACCAUACCAGGAAGUCACGAUGCCAUGAGCUACUGUCUGGAUAUCACCUCUCCGCUACUCAGAUCCGAGUCUGAUUCCUUUCGACUCCUGGACAGAGUUUUCUACUGCUUUACCCGCCCCAUCAUUUUUAAAUGGGCUACUACCCAGGUAAAAAAUAUCGUGCAGCAACUGCAAGCCGGCGUCCGAUACUUUGACCUUCGAAUUGCCCACAAACAGAAUGACAUGUCACAUGACCUUUACUUCACUCAUGUCAUCUACACCCAAGUGACCGUUGUGGAAACUCUGAACACCGUGGCCACAUGGCUGUCAGCGCAUCCCAAAGAGAUCAUCAUCCUCUCCUGUAGUCAUUUUGAGGGCUUGAGUGAAAAACUGCACGAGGAAUUUAUUUAUUCUCUGAAGAAGAUCUUCGGCUCUAAACUGUGUCCUUCAAACGCUGAUGUGACCUUACGAGGCUUGUGGUCAUCAGGAUAUCAGGUGGUGCUGUCGUACGAGGAUCAGGCAGCGGCAUGUCAUAAAGAACUGUGGCCUGAAGUCCCGUACUGGUGGGCCAACACGGCAGACGCUGAGGAACUCAUCCAGUAUCUCGACUCGCAGAAACAUCUCGGUCGUCCAGACGGCUUCUUCGUGGCAGGUCUGAACCUAACCGCAGAGCGAUGCUUCAUCGCCUCCAACCCUCAUGUCUCCCUGCAGACCAUAACGCUGGAGCAGUGGGAGUGUGUGAGGAGAUGGCUGGAGGAUCAGAAACCCGGCGCUGCCUCCACCAGCCUCAACAUCAUCGCAGGAGAUUUUAUAGGGCUGAUUCCACUCUGUUCCAUUAUUAUUGCUCUGAAUAAUCUGCUGCUGAAACACAGACGCACUUAAAGCUGGACUUCUGAAGAGCUCGAGCUUCUGAGAUGAUGGAGCAGAGAACUGGGUGUUCCACAGAUCUAUCAGAACCGGUUUCUAAUGAAACGUUAAUCAACCGGCUGAGACGAACAGAAACAGUUACUUUUGUACAAUUUUAUUAUUUUUAUACAGUACAUUAAACACUGUGUGAAUUAU